AUGUCCGACGAAGACUUCGUGUUCGUCCAGACCCCUCUCGCUGGUGCAGAUGUCGACGCGUCAAAUGUAUCGUGCAUACCGCUUCGUAGCGACCACCCUUCAAACUUCCUUUUCCUUCAGAGACAAUGGUGCAUAUGGGAGCUGUAUGAUGCAGUGGAUAAGCUCAACACGCAUGAGUGGCCUGAAGUUCAGAACAGUCGUGAUGCACUGCGGUUGCGCUUGGAUGAUGCGUGGCUAGAGCUUCAGGACGUCCAACGUCAAGCCUGGAUAUCACAGGCGCACAAGCUCGAUGCCGCUGUUGUAGAACGUCGCGAGCUGUGUGGACGCGCAUCUGCUUACGGAUUGCCUGACGAAGUGCGAACGGACCGGUAUAUGAGGUCGCCCUUGCGUAGCUUGGAUUCUCUCAUCGCUGCGAUCUGCAUCAUCUCUUCUGCUGCCAUCCUUUUGUGCAACAUCUCCCUGAGUCACUGCCGUUUCUUCCUCAAGAGCAUGCGCAUCCCACUUCGCAUAGCACUUCGACGCUUUGGUGCCGACACGAAAGAAGCGAUGUCCGUCAUCGAAGAUAUCCCCACGGACGCCAGGACCGCCAUCAAGAGGCUCGAUCUGCUGUACGAAUAUCACGUCUAUGUGUGCUGCCCGUCAUGCUACGCAGUCUACGCCGACCGAGGACCCGACUCAUAUCCUGAGUUCUGCACCAAUACUCCGACGGGAGGCGCAGCGUGUUUGCACAAUUUGACACGCCAACGGGCGAUCGGCGGAAAACUCUACACGCAGCCUGUGCGUCGCUUUGUGAUGCAUGACUUGAAGGAGUGGCUCGGGCAUUUCCUUUGCCGACCGGGGGUUCAGCGAUCUCUCAUGCAGACACCUCGCCGCAAGAAGAAGAUGCGCGACGUCUGGGACGCUCCUCAACUUUCUGCCUUCAAGGGACUUGACGGAUCUCAGUUCCUCAGGGUUACGCAGGGAGAAACUCGCCUGAUCUUCGCGCUCAACGUCGAUGGAUUCAACCCUUUCCAAAUGAAGGAGGCAGGACGCAAAGCCACUGUCACGGCAAUGUACCUCAUAUGUCUCAACCUGCCACCGCAUAUGCGCUACAAGGUCGAGAACAUGUUCCUCAUAGGCAUCAUACCCGGCCCUAAGGAUCCGAGUAAGGAACAGUUCAACCCCGUACUCGCUCUUCUCGUUCGAGACCUGUUGCCGUUCUGGUUGAAGGGCGUCUUCUUCACCCGCACACCAUUGCAUGAUGCCGGUCUACUCGUUCGGCUGGCACUGUUCCUUGUCGUCUGUGAUAGCCCAGCCGGACGGGACGUAUCUGGCUUUGCUAGACACAACCACACACAUUUCUGUCCAUACUGUGAGCUUCUAUAUCAGCAACGCAACAACCUCGACACUUCGACCUGGAUUCCACGCUCCCUGGAGAAGCAUCGCAACCUCGCCGAGGAGUGGAGAUCUGGUGGUCCCGAUGAACGCGACGAUAUCUACGAUGACCAUGGUAUUCGUUGGUCUGCGCUCUUAGAGCUGCCCUACUUUGAUCCCCUGCGCUGCACGGUCAUCGACAUGAUGCAUGUUCUAUUCCUCGGCAAUCUCAAACGUCUCUGCCGGCACUAUUGGAACAUGUCAGCAAGCCUCGAAGACGGAGACGGAACCGGCGGUGGCACCGCUUCUCUUCCACGAAACGAGAGGAUGUUGGAUGAGAUCUGGCGGCAUGUACGCGCAUCCCCGAAAGAGAAACUCGACGAAUUCACACUCAACGACCUGCGUGGCUUGGUCUCACGAAAGAACGUCCCGAUGCCGAUGACUAUGGGACCGCGAGCCAGUCAUAAAGUGACAUUCAUAGACGCUCUUGUCUUAUACCGCAUCGAACAGGGAUGGUUCAACGCCGACGACGUGCUCUUGCAACCUCCCGAGCCGUCCAUGCUUCCUCAUGACCCGCUGCAGAUAAUCGAGCUAGACGCGCAUCCGGCCGAGAUCGACGCGCUGCAAGAGCUUUUUCUUUGUGCUCCCGAUUCUCAGAUCUUCUACACCUUUACUGUGAAGGUCUUGCGCGCCUUCCUUGUUUGGAAGAUGGGCCUCUCCCCAGACGAGUACGGCGCCAAAUCAGAACGGGUCACUCUGUCAAAGUUGCGUAGUAAGAAACCUCUAGUCAAGAGGAUCGUCGAAUUGCGACAUCGAGCCGGUUACUCCGAUGCUGUGGGCUUUAUCAGACAUCCGGACCCCGAGCGUUAUACGAAGGCAUUGGCAAGAUUACCUGGCAACGGCCGGUCUGCGAUACUCGGAAAGAAUCGUCUUGCAGAGGUCUGGAGCGACAUGGACCGUACAGUCAUACCCACCUGGGUCGGGCACGCGCCUCAUAGGUUCGGUGACAAGCAACAUCGCAAGGCCGGUGCGGACGACUACAGGAUCUUCGUGACGAUCAACCUCGUGAUCACAAUGAUUCGCCUCUGGGGACCACUUCAUCCAGGCUCUCGUGAACGCGCACUUCUCAAUAACCUCAUGGAUCUCGUCUCUGCUACCAAUCUAGCGUCAUCUCGAGUGAUUGAUGAUGAGUGCGUUGAGAAAUACCACGAAUCGAUGCUUGCCUGGCUUCAGGGACUUGUCACUCUGUUCCCCGGCGUCCUGAUCGAGUCACAGCAGCAUCUCUCUCUCCAUCUUUCCUACUUCCUGCUGUCAUUGGGGCCGACUCAUGCAUGGCGCUGUUUUGUGUUCGAACGCUGGAACUACCUACUGCAACAGAUCAACACAAAUAACCAAUUUGGCUCGCUCGAGCGCACACUCUUCGAUCGCUUCAUCCAGAAUCAGCUAUUGCGAGCCAUGAUUCUGGACGGGGGCCUUGCGCCUGAACUUCAAGAGUUCAAGCCCAUCUUCGAGGAGUGCUUCGAGUCGGAUAAGCGCGGCACGCUAUUGAGCGACAUACUGGCCUUAGCACCCGAAGAGGACGAAACCGCCGCCUGCAUCCUCUCUCGCAAUCCGCGCGUCACCCGAGAAGACCUUGAUCCGUCAACUAUCCAGCAACUGUCUGAGGUUGUACGUUCCGCUGGAGACACGUUUUCGCUCCGGUGUGUCAAGCUCAUGCGUUCGGCGACGGUCGGCACUACCGCAUACUCCGUCAACUCGCCAGAUUGCUAUGUCGCUAUAGGCUCAUUAUCAGGCGAAUGGCGUCUUGCCCGAAUUGUUCAGGCUCUGUCGUACUCAUUUGCGAACAACGUCCCCACCUCUGUCCCUCGGCAGUACGUGGUUGUCCGAUUCUUCGCGUCGCUUACGGAGGAGGACCGCGCCUACGACUGGUAUCGCGAGUGGCCCUUGCACGCUGGACAGCUGCAUUACGCUGAAAUAGAAGAGGACUUCUAUGUGAUACCUGCGCGUGACAUUAUCUGCCAUUGCUGCGUCACGGAAUGGGAGCAAUGGUUCGGUGUCCCCAGGCCAGUGGUACAUGCCCUGCCUAUGAAGAGGGAAUGA